AUGCCUGUCCGAGCAGCGAAUUUCGCAGAUUUGCUACCAGCAGCACAUGUCUGCGCUAGAGCUUUCUUUGACGAGGACCUGUUUGGUGUACGAAUCCACCCAAACCGAUCAAAAUUUCCCGGCGACGUGUAUCUCUUCUUUUUGCGACAACUUCGAAGUGAUNUUUUCGAUGGUCGCACAACAGUCAUGGUGUCGCAUCCUAAGGGCGAGUUGACCAGCAUAACUGGCGUUGCAGUUUGGACGCGCAAAGGUCCUGGUGGAGAUCGCAUGGCUGCUUCCCAAUCCUGGUCCGCAUGGUUCACCGGACGCGUCAUCAUCCCAGUAUACAACCAUCUCGGAUCUCUUGUCUGGCCCAAUCGCGCCCUCGAUCCCGCUAUGGCUGAUGUCCUGGAUCGCGCAAUGCCAUUCACUGCACACUACUGGAAAACUCCCGAGCGUCUAGAAAACUGGUACCUGGCUCUUCUGGGCACUGGUCCCGAAUAUCAAGGCCAUGGCUAUGGCAAGGAAUUGCUCAAAUGGGGUAUCGAGCGCGCGACUGAAGAAGGCAUUUGUGUUAGUUUGGUGAGCGCGAACGGCAAGGAUGGCUUCUACAAGCGCUAUAACAUCAAUCAAGAAGCAGGGUGGGCCAGUGAAGGUGGCAAGGAGAAUCCGAUCCACGAUAUUGCUGGUGGUAUGAUUCUCUUCUCUCAGAAGUUCGGAAAGCAAUAA